UUUUCAGAAAAGAAUGAGAACAGUUAAAUGCAUUGCCCAGUCGUAGGUGUGGUAAACAGAAUCAGACAAUAAUAGCUGCACAAAUUUCAUAUUCUAUAGUUUUAAAGGAAAUGUUCACAAGAUUCUUUUGGGGUGUCCUUCUGUUUUCGACAAUCACAUGCGGUGUCAGUUUUGAAGAGACUGUACCAGAUGACGAUUACGAUGAAGGAAUCAUCCUUCAAGUAUUCCACUCAGAUAUGUCAGACGAUAACUGGACAUCGUCACCGGACAUUUGGGACAAAAAAUCUCCACCAUUGUCCAUGGUGAUAUGGAUUUCUGUAGUGCUCGGAAUCUUCGUUUUCAUGGUCAUCGCCGUUUGUUUCGCCCUCUUCUGCAAAUACUCAGGCAUGCUCUCUUCGAAUCGUGAAGUUGAAAUAAGAUGUCCUAUACCAAUCAUCAUCACCCCACCCUCCAGAAGACAAACUUUGGCAUCUGGGGAACAGAACCCUGAACUCGGUUUCUCCAAUCAUGGAUACUACGGAGUAUUCGAAAAUUCGACUCCAGAAAGCCCGACGCGUGAACUGCCUCCUCAGUACGUGGACGUGCACGUGAACAACACAACAUAUUCACACGUUAGUGUGAACGGAAAAUCUGAGACACCUCCACCUGAGUACAUGACAGUGGCUCCAUUCAAAUAAGUGUUACCAUAUUCAACAAAAGAAAGAGUAAUAUUUUGUGCUAUGCAAGCUAAACGACGCGAAUAAAGCACAAAGAAUUGACAUACUAUAGUUUCAGUUCAAUAAACAACAAGCUUAGUAGUGGAAAGCGAGAUCUAAGGGACGGAAGUGACGUCAUCAUGGAAAGUCAAAUGGAGCUUUUUUCUGCCCGAGUGAAAUACCUAAAUAUGUCGUAAACCGUAAGCCAGCUUAUUUCUGCCCGCCUGAGUUAUAUGUUCGUUUUCCGAAUGGGCAGAAAUAAGCAACCUUAGAUUUUUCCAUGAUGACGUCAUUUCCGUCCCUUAGAUCUCGCUUUCUUCUACUUAUCUUCCUCAGUGUCUAAACGUCAACAUCGAUUUUGACGUUCAGACACUAAAGAAGGUCCCUGCUUAUAGAACUGAAACUAUAGUAUACCAAUUUAGUUAUUUUAAUUUGUGCUUUAUUCGCAUUGUUUUUUUGCUUAUGCGUUGCCAUGUCUGGGAUUCCCGACCAAACGAAAAACAACAACACUUAGGAAUCCAGGAGUGUUCCGUAAUAACUACCCUUAAUUUAUGCAUUUGUAAACCUUUUCAACAUUGAGAACUCAUCUCGUAAUACCCAGACAGUACUUGGUAGUUAGCAACGACUUGUGAAAGUGUUUUGUAACACUUUGAAAGAAGGUGAAUUGAUAGCUUAUCGUUUGCAACAAAAUUCUGAAAGUGUUUUGCAACACCUUGAAGUGAAACGAACUGAUGACUUAUGGUUUACAUCGAAAUUGAGUAAGUGUUUUGCAGCACUUAGAAAUGAAAAGAACUGAUGACUUAUAGUAGGUUGGGAGAAAACUGAAGUCUAUAGGCAGAUCUUACGGAUCGUUUUAUACAAGUUCUGUAAUGACUGCCUUUAAUAUACAGGAGUGUUCUUUAAUAAUCACCCUUAAUGUAUGCGUUUCGAUUCAUUGUCAAAAAAAAUUAUGCACUUAGGAAUUACAGAGUGAAAAGGGGUCGUACAAAUAUUGCGUAUACAUGUUUUUGGCUAUUUGGGACAGUCCCUUCCCCUUGGCAGUAAAAACCACAAACUUCCUCCCAUGCUAAUAUCUUCUUGUUUCGGGGCUUGACUUUUAUUGGAAUAAUCUAAUUUUAAGAUUAGAUUUAAAUAAACGAUAUAACUUCGCAAAAAAAAAAAAAUCGUGUUUCAGUUCAAUUCAUUUUCAUAAAAUUUCAAGUAAAAUAUAUUUUUUAGGAAUUUCUUUCUCUUAAUAAUAUAUUUCAAUAAAUAUUUUUAGGAAAUUGCUUUCAGUUUAAGAAUUUCUCACAGUUGAUGCAAUUCCUAGAAGAAAUAUUCGUCCAAAUUGUUUUUUCUCUCAAAUUUAACUUUUAAUUCCAGUUAAUUUAAUAAAUGUAAUUUUUAACAAAAUUUUUUAUUACGAUUUUUUUUUCUUUUUAAGAAGCUUAAAUGUACUUCUUACGUAAGCAUUGCUCUUAUCCUUUCUUCCUCCUUGUCAGCAAAAACAAACAAAUCAAAGACCCUUUUUCCCGUUAAGUGCUUACGUAAUAUUCGAGCGGACCCUAAUAUUUAAGCAAGGAAAAAACACAACGCCGCUAUCAAAAUCUAAACGAUUACUUCUGAUAAAAUAGAAUUCGAAACAACUGAACUUGUUUGAUUUCUGAAGAAAACAGAAGUUGGAAGAUGAGCUAAUCUCUUCUAAAACUUAAUCAGUAUGGGAUUAGUUGUGGUGUGCCGCUAGAAAUGAGUUAAGUAGAGGUAGUGGUUAGAUAUUGAAUCGAUCCCAAAUUUCAGCAUGAUUUCAUUCCAGAAGAAAGUGAUAAGUGACCAGUGUGGAGAUGAAAGGUUAUCGUUCAAAGUCUUUGGAUUGGCUCUUGCUGUUUUUUAACUGUCCAUAACUUGGCUCGUGUCACUAUAACUCUUUUGGUGACUGUUCAGGGCCAAGAAAUCAAACUGGUUUUGAUUUUCCGUCUUGCCUUCCUCACUGACGAUUCAACUGAUUUCGAUAGCUUUUUUUCUCUUCUUCGCUUACAUACUAAUUUAUGACCCCUAAUGUGCACAAUGUUUUAAUUCAUUUUGGACAAGAAUUCUUCAAGCAUAUUGACUGCGUGAAAAAAUGUAUGGUUACUUGUACAAUUUUUGAUAAAUUAUGCAAUUUUUGUAACAUGAUUUAAAGAUUCCAAGUGCAAAAACAACUCACUAUUGCAAGUGCAACAAGUGCUUACGAAACAACCUGAUUAUUUCAGAUUGCUAAAAAAAUUAAAUUUUGUAACUCUUAGCAAUGUGGAUCGCAAAUUUUUUUUUAUAUAAAUAGAAACAUAAAUGUUCCAGAUUGCAAAGCAACAUUAUUGAAGUCAGGAAGAACAAAGAAAGAUAUUAAGACCAUCUGAAUUGAGUUUUACUAGUUUAAUGAGCCUGUAUUGCGCUAUUCUUUCUCUAAGAGCCUUCGCUAAGCUUAAUUCUUAAACAAACUGAUUUUAGAUUAUUUUAGUCAUUCCUUUGCACAUAGUUAUCUCUAUGUUACUGCUUAUGCUUGAUAUCCGUUCAUCUGCACUUUACCUAGCUGAUUUUAAGAAUCCGAACUGUUUCUCCUAAUCUAUCCUAAGCAGAUAUUAAAAUAUCGAAUAAAUAUAAUAAUAUCAACGAAUAAAUUAAUAUCAAAUCUGAUAUAACAAAUAUUUCGAACACUUCCUAAAGCGACUAUGUGAUUAUAAGCGACAUUCACCGGUGAAAGUCGACAUUCUCUUGAUUUCGGUUCUUCAUGGUAACAAAUAUACUAUUUCGAAACGAAGUUUUGUUUAUCAUGUGCAUUUAUUUUUUUUUUCAUUCAUUUUUUCUUAAUUUAAUAUUAUUUUAAUAUUAUUUUAAACGAAAUAUUUAUGGAUGUAUGUUUGACUUUUUUAAGUCAUUUGUUGGCCAUUUAUGUUCCUGUAUUUCAAAAAGGAAAAAAAAAGAAAAAAGAACAAACAAAUGAUUUUAACAAAUUUAGAAAAGAAAAAAAACAUUUUUCACGCUUUUUAAAAGAAAAAAACAAAUGAAACCGUAAAAAUGUAUAUCCCAUGGUCAACUUUUAAACUUUUUACUAAAGAUUUUUUUUCCUUCCAAGGUAUAACUGUACAUAUAAUUUUUGUAUAUAAAUAUUAAAGUUAUGUAUAUGUAAGUUUGUCGAAAUAUUUUUAAAUCAUAAUCGAGUAUUAACGAGUAUAUUUUACAUUGACAUAAAAAAGAAAUCCUUUAGAAAAAAUUAGAAAGAGUGUGUUAUGUAAUUUAUUUUUUUUUUUAUUUGUGCGAUAUUGAAAAAACUGAUUUUUGAAAUGAAAGAUUUAUCAGAUUGUUGUUAUUUUAUUUUUCGAUAAAUCUAUUCUAUAUUCUAUGUAUACAUUUCUUCCAGCAUUUUAAAAAACAUUAAUGUCACUGUUCUAAAAAUUAAAAUUGUU